GCGGACUGCACUCGACAUACACGGCCCUCGGAUCUUUCUUGUAAUCUCCCUUGUGUGUGCAGUGGUACUGCACCAUCUCUAGUAGCUUGCACGCACGCAGGUCAACGUCGGGCUUCCGCCGCUUGCCGGACGCUGUGUACUGCACUUUCUCGGCGAGGUCGUUGGAGCUGAAGAUCUCGAUUGGAGGAGCCAUUGCGGAUCUUGCACCAUCUGAAAAAGCAAGAGGUGAGAUGGAGAUAAGAGGGUGGGAUUGAUGAAGAGGUAGGGUCUUAUAAGAGGGCCGAGAUGAGUGUAGAGGAGUUAGGGAGGAGGGUGUUGAGGGAUGUUGAGGAGGGUGGGUUGGAUGAGCUCAUCAAAGACCUCUGGAAGGCGAGGAACGCAGGACAGUCGAUGCAUUUCGGCAUUCCGGAGCUUGAUCGACUGGUUCCUGUUGUUGAGCAGCCGCCUGCGUUGCCUUUACCGCAGCCAGAGACGUUUUCAUCAUCACCGCCGCUUCCUGUGCAGACGACGGCUAUCAAGAAGCCACUGCAGAAGAUGCCAAUGAUAGAACUCAUCUCCUCUGGUCCUGGGGCUGGUAAAACAAGUCUGAUCUACUAUAUCAUUGCCGUCGCUAUCCUCCCAUCUACCUACUCCAGCACUCCCAUUGGCGGUCAAAGCAGCGCUGUGGUCGUCCUCGACACCGACAACCGCUUCAGAGUCGAAAGGCUUGUCGAAGUGAUGGCGUCGUACGUCUCAUCUCGUCUCAGAGCAGCUGGAAUUCCCCAGCAGCAGAAUACGGACGGAAUGCGCGACCUCAUCCACGCCUGUCUCGCUCACGUCCACAUCUUCCACUUGCAGACUAUGCACUCACUACUAGCUACUCUAAAGAGUUUACCGGAAUAUCUAGAGAGUCGAACCGCUCAUCGCUCCGCCCAUCGUCGUCUUCACUCCAUCUUCCUUGACUCAGCCUCAGCGUUUUUCUGGCCGACGCGUGCUGCGGAGGAGAACGGCACGUCUCCUGUCACUGCGAUGGAGACGUAUGCCCUCCUAGCCCGAGAACUCACAACUGUCUCUCAGCGUUUUUGUUGCGCCGUGGUGGCAUCUGCAUGGGAUGUCGGCGCAGGGCAGCUCUUCACGCAGAGGCUAAGGGCUAGCUUGCCGAUGAGUUGGUCCAGCUUUCCAACGUUGAGGUUGGCGCUGAGAAGAGUGCCUGUGCCGCGAUUUACUGUGGGGAUGACUGUGCAGGAGGCUGAGGCGGAGAAGGAGAUGAGAUGGGGAGUUGUGAGUAGAGGGUGGUGUGAAGCGUGGGUGCUUGGGGGCAGCGGACUCGAGGGGUUCUUCUUUCGAGUUGGUGAGGGCGUAGAUAUUGAGGGCGAUAGUAAUCCUUAAGGGAUCUUAUGGUAAAUGUACGUGAUGUGUAUGACAUAUAAGCCCUCGGAAUAUCAAAAGCCAUAGUACAGCCCCUCGAAGGAUGAGACUGGAUAUCAAAGUCACGAAAUACUAUAAAGUCUAUUAUCUCAGCCAUGCUGGCUGCUAUCGUUCUAUGAACCUUGGAAAGUCAUCACUCUGGGUUUUUCUCCCAAAACUCUGUAGAUUAUGUAAAAUAGUUCCAUGUCAAC